AUGGGACAGAAGAAGCACCUUCGGGACUUCAUUUCUGAGGCCAAGCAUAUCAUCAAAGCACACAUUCGUCACUUUCUCGUUCUCUCUCUCACCUUCCUCUUCCCCCUCUCCCUCUCCCUCCUCCUCUCUCCCACCCUCUCUGACCUUUUCAACAAUCUCUUCUCCAACAACUCUCACACCUUUCUCCCACCACACACCACCAACCCCACCUCUCUCCUCUAUUAUCUUUUCCUUAUGCUCUUCUCCAACGGUGGAGUCAUCAGCAUCACCUACAGCGUUUACCAUUUCUUCCACGACCAACCCGUGAACCUCGUAUCCUCCUUCAAGUCCAUUUACAGUUUCUCCCUUCCCCUCCUCGCCACAACCAUCGUUUCUCAGCUCAUCUUAUUCGUCAUCUAUCUUUUCUAUGGGCUUCUCUUGCUUCUUCUCAUUUCCCGGGCACAGUUUCUCCACCUAACACUUCUCCCACACUUGUCCCCUUACAUCAUAGGGUUCUUUAUCGCGCUUCCUUUGAUACUCGUACAGAUGUAUUUGCAUGUUAACUGGACCCUGGUGUAUGCUAUUGUGGUGGUGGAAUCAUGUUGGGGUUUGGAGCCCCUGAGAAGAAGUGCGAGGUUGAUCAAGGGAAUGAAAGGAGUGGCUCUAUCUUCUAUCUUCUACUAUGGAAACUUUGCGGUGAUCUUUGUGUUGGGCUGCUUUUUUGCGACGAGGGGAUAUAAUUCAUUUAGUGAAAGUUGGAUUGCUACGGUUUUCAAUUGGGUGAUGAUUGUGACAUAUGCUUAUUUCAUUGCUAUGCUUAUGCUUUCUCAGAUUGUGGUUACUACGGUCUUGUACAUAUAUUGCAAGGCUAAUAAUGAUGUUGAGAUUGCAGAGGAGUUUGGAAAGUACUACAUUAGCUUGCCCUUCGAUGAUGGAAAAGUCUCGCAGGUUGUUUAA